AAUCCAUGUGAUGAUAAACGACACAAAGACAUCUGGUCCAGAGAGAAAACUUGUGACCACUUACCAAAAUUCCUCGUAAUUGGGCCACAAAAAACAGGAACAACUGCACUUUAUUUAUUUCUUCUUAUGCACCCUUCCAUCAUCAGCAAUCUCCCCAGCCCAAAAACAUUUGAAGAAGUUCAGUUCUUUAACGGCAACAACUAUCACAAGGGAAUUGACUGGUAUAUGGACUUUUUCCCUACUCCGCCCAACAUUACAAGUGACUUUCUAUUUGAAAAGAGUGCUAAUUACUUCCAUUCAGAAGAAGCUCCCAAGCGAGCUGCAUCUCUCAUCCCAAAAGCCAAGAUCAUCACCAUCCUCAUCGACCCUUCAGACAGGGCAUACUCAUGGUAUCAGCACCAACGAUCACACGAAGAUCCAGCUGCACUGAGGUUUAAUUUCUAUGAAGUUAUUACAACAGGGCAUUGGGCCCCAUCUGACUUAAAAACUUUGCAGAGGAGAUGCCUCGUACCUGGAUGGUAUGCAGUCCACAUAGAAAGAUGGCUAACUCACUUUGCUACUUCUCAGUUGCUAAUUAUUGAUGGACAGCAGCUGAGAUCUGACCCAGCUACUGUGAUGGAUGAAGUCCAGAAGUUUCUGGGAGUUACACCUCAUUAUAAUUACUCUGAAGCUCUAACGUUUGAUCCUCAAAAAGGUUUUUGGUGUCAACUACUGGAAGGAGGAAAGACAAAAUGCCUUGGAAAAAGCAAAGGCCGAAAAUACCCACCCAUGGAUCCAGAGUCUAGAACUUUCCUCUCUAAUUACUAUCGAGAUCACAAUGUGGAACUGUCCAAACUGCUACAUAGACUGGGGCAGCCUCUGCCCUCAUGGCUGAGACAGGAGCUGCAGAAAGUGAGAUAGCACUGGACACAAGAACCAAGGCUCUCCAGACACUUACUUUUAUUAUUAAAUAGAAAAAGCAAACCCCACAACUUUUAUCCCCAUGAUACACUUGUGAUUGUCAACAGAGGACUGUGUGAAUAAAUUUCCUUCCUUUCGUAAAAACGAAAACUGUUAUAUAUGCACGCAUUGAUAAUUACUAGCAUCAAUUCUUGUGUAAGUUUUUAGGAAAUAAUGUAGGGUUUUGUGACUUUAUCCAGUUUCUGGUAUGGGGAUCAUAACACAACCCACUUUCUCUGUUAACUAUAAGGUUUCAGAAACUGUGUAUGACUCAUAACCCUGAUUAUAUGCAAGUGACCAAUUAAAAUUUUGAGGAAAACAUAAGGACUGAGGAUAUCUAUAAAUGAAGUUAGCAGUAAUCCAAUAUCUAAAUUAAGGGCUAAUGUUUUCCCCUUGAUAAUUUAGAAAUGAUUUUGCUUUUAUUAUGAAAAGAAAUUAUCUAACUCCAUGUUCAUUUUUGAACAAUUAUUAUUUAUGAUAUUUAGCUCACAUAUGUUUUCCUCUGUUGUUAAUGCUCAGUGAAUUUCUUUGACUUGCUAAAGAGGUUAUGAAGUUGCGGCCUCCAUGUUUCUUUUUUUCUAUUUUCCUAUUGUACGAGGGGACGAUCUAAAAGUUUACAUAUUCCCUGAUAUUACUAUUUCAUCCAGCAGAGCAUGCCAUUCUCAGUGAACUUGGCAUUAUUGUCCAACAAAAUCUUUUAGAAUUUUCUGAGAAAUGAAAGAGGGUGCAACUCUGCAUAAUAUCACUAUUACAUGUGUGGCCAUCUUUAAAUGGGUCCAGAAUCUUCCCAUACUAUUAACCUAGGCCUUUCCACUUUGACAAUGAUGCAGUAUUUAUAUAUUUGUUCACUAUUCAAAGUAUUAAAAAAGAUAUUAUUGAUAAAACGUGGAAUGAAAACACCAAGAUGUGUUCGUAGGUGUAGUAAGGCAUUGCCUUCUACGUUGUAUGCAUCAAUCUUUUAAAAGCAUGGAUUCUUCAUAUACGCCAGGACAUCUACUAUUGUAGAAGAUUAAGUUUUUAAAACCUAUUUUAAAAAACAAAAUGUAAUAUAAAACUUACCUCUUCAAGCAUCACAAAAUCUUAACCUAAACCCAAUUGCUCAGCUAUGCCACCCAAAAAUUAAAUUCUAGAGAAGACGUGAUGUUCUCUCUAUCUUAGAAUUAUUGGUUUCUUUGGUUAAUUGGAAGUUAUUGUCAUGCUAGUUGAAUUUUUAUCCAUCUGUCAGUGAUAAUAUAUUAAGGCUUUGUUAAUCUUUUCAGUGAUACAAAAAAGUAAAAUUUUAACAAAACAGUAAAUCAGACUGACUUGGGUAACUUCACCCUUCAAUCCAUCCUUCCUCCAGAGUAAUUUUUCUACAGACUAUAGAUGAUACUACUUUUUCCUGUACUUUGGGAAACUGUACAUGACAUAAUUAAAGAGCAAACUGAA